AUCUCCAGGUGUGCCCUUACCCUUAUGCUCUUCUCAUUUAUCUGUUUAACCAGCGGUACACGUUUCUGAUGAUGGAGUGUGAGAGCAAGCAGAAUCUCUUCCAGAUGAUAAGGGAGAAGGGGAAACUGAACAUGGAGACCAUCAUCUUCUAUGCAGCAGAACUGGUAGUCGGCAUCCAGUUUCUUCAUUCAAAGGGGAUUGUACAUCGAGAUUUAAAGGCAAGUAACAUCUUAAUUACUAAGGACGGCCACAUGAAGAUAGUGGACUUUGGACAAGCAGAGGAGAAUGUUUUUGAGGGUAAGAAGAUCCAGCGCAUAAGUGGAACAUUGUCCCAUAUGGCUCCAGAGGUGAGAAAUGUAGUUGUACUAUAGUUACUAACAGGAAUAGUGAGAUGUGCCCUGAGCUACAGACCUACCUCUGCCACCAAAGCAACUUACAGCCA